GAGCACUAUAUAUACACAUCUCUCCCUGUUUGCUCCGGCGGGCCAAGCCCAUCUCGACACCACAAGAUUGGCAGCCAACUUGCACCUCGACGAUUCGGCCCCAUGGAUGCGGAAGCCAAGCAAGAUGUACACACCAAGGACGGCUCCGUCGACCUCCGCGGCCGGCCGGUGGUCGCCUCGCAGACCGGCCGGUGGAAGGCCUGCGCCUUCCUAGUAGGGUACGAGUCGUUCGAGCGGAUGGCGUUCUACGGGGUGGCGUCGAACCUGGUCGUGUACCUGACGACGCAGCUGCGGGAGGAGACGGUGUCGUCGGUGCGCAACGUCAACAACUGGACGGGAACCGUCUGGAUGACGCCCAUCGUCGGUGCAUACAUCGCCGACGCCUUCCUCGGGCGCUUCUGGACCUUCACCAUCUCAUCCCUGAUCUACCUCGCGGGCAUGGUUCUGAUAACGUUGGCCGUCUCCCUCAAGUCCCUCCACCCGCACUGCACCCCGGAAGGCGGCUGCGCGCCGGCGACGCCGCAGCAGGUCGCCUUCUUCCAUGCAGCGCUCUACACCAUGGCCAUCGGCGCAGGCGGCACCAAACCCAACAUCUCGACGUUCGGCGCGGACCAGUUCGACGACUUCGACGAGCGGGAGCGCGAUUCCAAGACCUCCUUCUUCAACUGGUGGAUGUUCAGCUCCUUCACCGGCGGCCUUGUCGCCGUGCUCGUCCUCGUCUUUGUGCAGGAGAACGUCGGCUGGGGCGUCGGGUACACCAUCCCCACCGUCGGCCUCGCCCUGUCACUCAUCCUCUUCUACGUCGGCACGCCGUUCUACCGGCACAAGCCCGUCCGGCGGGCCACGGCCGCAGGCCCGGCGAGGCUGGUCAGCAGAGUGUUCAGUGAGGCGUUCGCCAACCGGAAGCGUCAGCUGCCAGGCGACCCUGGUGAGCUGCACGAGCACGAUACGGCGUGGUACGCCGCGGCGGGGAAGCGGCGGCUGCACCACACGCCAGCGUUCCGGUUCCUGGACAAGGCAGCCCUGAUGUGGACGGAGGAGGAGACGAGCCGGCGACCGUGCACGGUGACCGAGGUGGAGGAGGUGAAACUGAUCGCGGGCAUGAUCGUGGUGUGGCUGUCGACGCUGGUGCCGUGCACCAUCUGGGCGCAGGUGAACACCCUGUUCGUGAAGCAGGGCACCACCCUGGACCGCACAGUCAGCGGCGUCCGCAUCCCGGCGGCCUCCCUCGGCAGCUUCAUCACCAUAUCGAUGCUGCUCUCCAUCCCGGUCUACGAUCGCGUGCUGGUGCCGCUGGUCCGGCGUCGGACGCGCAACCCGCGCGGGAUCACGCUCCUCCAGCGCCUGGGCAUUGGGUGCGCACUCCAGGUGAUGGUGGUGGCGUGCGCAUACCUCGUGGAGGUCCGGCGCAUGCGCGUGAUCCGGGAGCGGUCCGUCCAGGGCCCCGGCGAUACGGUGCCGAUGAGCAUCUUCUGGAUGCUGCCGCAGUACGUGCUGCUGGGCGUGGGCGACGUGUUCAACUCCGUGGGCAUCCUCGAGUUCUUCUACGACCAGUCGCCGGACGGGAUGCGGAGCCUGGGCACCACCUUCUUCACCAGUGGCCUCGGCGUCGGCAACUUCCUCAACAGCCUGCUCGUGACGCUCGUCGACCGCGCCACUAGGGGCAGCAAGGGCGGCAAGAGCUGGAUCGCCAACAACCUCAACAACUCCCACCUCGACUACUACUACGUGUUCCUGCUGCUGCUCUCGGUGGCCAACCUGGCGCUGUUCGUGUGGGUGGCCACGAGGUACAAGUACAAGAGGGAGUUCCUGGAGGUGGAGGGCGCAAGGACGCCGGAGUUGGAGAUGGCCGGCGGCAAGGGUGAGGUGGAGAGCGGCAAGGGGACGGACGCAUCGUUGACGGUCAAGGGCGCGCAAGCUGCACCGUGACACGUAGAUGGUUAGAGUACAGGUGAGACAAUGGACACGUAUACACGUGUUUCUGGUCUGUGGAUGGACCUAAUAUGUUGUUGGGCUUAUGUUUGUUGCAAAAACAUAACAGAAAUUACAAGUGAUUAGGGAAAUACAUGCCCGUUAUACUCAAAUGGCCUUGCUUUGCAUCGCU